AUGGACUCGAAGAAGACUUCAGAAUUUGACCUCAUCGGUCCAGCUCAACCACGUCAAAAUGCAGCACUCGAGGAUGUCCACACCGACCCUGUCUCUGAGCUGCCUGAUCCAGGUCAGCAGGUUCAGCCUCGAAGCAAGUUUCGCAUGGCCAUGAUAUUGAUUGCACUGUACAUGUCGUUGUUUGUCGCGGCCUUGGACGCAACCAUCGUCGCCACCGCUACCCCCACAAUCACUGCCGACCUUCAUUCGGCAGCCGGCUACAUUUGGAUUGGAGGUGCCUAUCUCAUUGCAAAUGCUGCAGCCGCCCCCAUCUGGGUCAAAUUUUCGGAUAUCUGGGGCCGCAAGCCCAUCUUUCUGGUCGCCGUGGUCGUCUUUUUUGCCAGCUCUGUGGUUUGUGCCACUGCUGUCGACAUGCAGAUGCUCAUCGCCGGCCGAGCCAUUCAAGGGGCUGCUGGCGGUGGUUUGAUCUGUAUGGUGAAUGUUGGAAUCUCCGACCUUUUCAGUGUCCGCGAAAGAAGCCUGUGGCUCGGCCUCUGCGAAGGGAUCUGGGCCCUGGCCGGCGCCGUUGGACCACUCUUGGGAGGCGCCUUUGCAGAGAAAGUCAACUGGCGAUGGUGCUUCUGGUUAAACUUGCCCAUUGCUGGGACCGCUUUCGCACUUUUGCUACCUUUUCUCAAUGUUCACAAUCCGAGAACACCUGUCCUUGACGGAAUUCGAGCCGUUGAUUGGUUUGGUUGCGUCUCAAUCCUUGGGGUAACAGUCAUGUUGCUUUUAGGUCUUGAUCUAGGUGGCGCGGUAUAUCCUUGGAGCUCUGCGAAGGUGGUAUGUUUGCUUGUGUUCGGCUCAUUGAUGGUCCUGGUCUUCGUUUACAGCGAGAAAAAACUGGCCAAAUACCCGGUCAUCCCACUUUCGCUGUUCGGCACAAGGAACGCUGCGACAUUGAUGCUGAGCUUCUGUCAUGGAAUGGUGUUCAUCGCCGCCGAAUACUACCUGCCUUUAUAUUUUCAGAGUGUCAAAGAAGCCUCGCCACUGCGGUCCGGCGUGCUCUUGGUACCGCUUAUUGUGGCUACCGCCGGUACUGGAGUUAUUAACGGCGUGAUCAUCCACCGAACGGGGCAGUACAGACCGUCAAUGUGGAUUGGAACUGCUCUAAUGACCUUGGGCACCGGUCUUUUUGUUUCUAUGGACGCUCAUACAUCCACCGCAACGGUAGUAGGUUUCGAGAUCGUCGAGGGCAUCGGAGCUGGUUUGUUGUUCGAGCCUCCACUUCUCGCUAUCCAGCAGGGUGUUCACCAAGACGACGUCGGGACUGCUACUUCCACGCAGUCCUUUACCAGGAGCCUGGCAAUCUCCUUGGGUGUUAUUGUGGGUGGCAUAGUAUUCCAGCAAAGUAUGGAUCUCCGCCGAACCGCAUUGGCGCAAUCGGGACUAUCUAAUGCCACCUUGGACGAUCUCUCUGGCAAGAAUGCCGGAGCUAAUGUGCACAUUGCACCAAGCCUACCACCCGCUCAAGAACUUGCAGUCAAGCAAGCAUUUGCCUGGAGCAUCAGAAACAUGUUCAUCAUGUUUACAUGCCUUGGUGCGAUCGGCAUUGUUGCCAGUUUAUUCGUGGUCAAGACUAAGCUCUCGAAGGAGCACAAGGAGACCGUUACCGGCUUGAAAAAGGAAGAGGCAGCGCCUUAG